AUGGUACGUGAGGACGUUGCUGAUAUGACUAAGGAUGAUUCUCAGAUGACUGAGGAUGUUCCUCCGAUGACUAUGGACGUACCUGCAUCUGGUGUAGAGGGCUUAGUUGCUGAUGAUUUUGCUGCGGGAUCAAUUGCUGAUGAUGCUAAGGGAUUCCCUAGUGGGCCACGUGACCUAUCAGAACGUCCUGACUUGAAGUUGGCCUCCCACAGUAGGAAGGUAGAGAAAAUUGGGAGGCCAACGCCUGAGAUCGAAGGGCUAGUCGCUGCCACAGGAUUAAGCCCUUUGAUCGGGUGCUCAGUAGUCACCGGCGAUUCGGGACUUAUAUAUGCGCUUGUGGAGAGGUGGCACGGGGAGACCAGCAGCUUCCACCUUCCAGUAGGAGAGCUGACGAUCACACUGGAUGAUGUGUCAUCACUCCUAUAUCUGUCGAUCACAGGUGCCUUGCACAACUUCAAGCCUCUAGUUGUGGAGGAGACGGUCAUCUUGUUGAUGGAGUUGCUCGAGGUCUCGGGUAAGGAGGCUAGAGCUGAGACUGCACAGGCGCGUGGGGAAUAUAUAUAUGAGCACUUUCCUAGUGUUCAUGACUGCAUCACUGACGAUGUAUACGAUGAGACAUCCACACGUGCCUGCCGGUGGCUUAUGACGAAGGCUUAUAUCAAGGGAUUACGAGCAGCGGCGUACCAGACACGUUUGGAUGCUUUGACGAUCACUAACGUGUCCUGGAUGCCCUAUGGUGACCACCAAGGAGUUAGGAGGUUUGAGCUCAUUUCGUGCUUCCAGGGUCAGGUAUCAGCAGAUUACAUGGAGUGGUUCUUCCGGAUAUCUCAUUUGUUCGUCACACCUACACAGGCAGGUGAUGAGCCCAGACAUCCACCUGCGCCACAACAUGAGGAAUACGUCGAGCCAGGUAUCCCAGAGGUUCCAGUGGGAGCAGACGUUGGACCAUCACAGGCACCUGCAGUGGAUGGUUGUGAAGCGAUCGCAGAAAGGUUAGAGCAUGUGCUCAACCUAAGGAUGGUCACUGAAGGCACAGAGUUACAUGAGAUCGUGGAAGAUUGCCUCAGGAUCGCUAGGGGGGUGACAACUUAA